UUGGCCGAUUCCCGCCGGGUUUUUUCCAGAAUUUUCCUGGGAUGGGUUUGGGAAUUGUGGGAAUGUCGGGGGGGGUCUCAAUUUGCCCCGAAAUCGCCCCAAAUUCAGCCCAAUGACCCGGUGACCAACAUCUGCCAGGCGGCCGACAAGCAGCUCUUCACCCUCGUGGAGUGGGCCAAGAGGGUUCCCCACUUCUCGGGGCUCCCCUUGGACGACCAGGUCAUCCUCCUCAGGGCAGGCUGGAACGAGCUGCUGAUUGCGUCGUUCUCGCACCGCUCCAUCGCGGUCAAGGACGGGAUCCUGUUGGCCACGGGGCUGCACGUGCACCGGAACAGCGCCCACAGCGCCGGCGUGGGCGCCAUCUUCGACAGGGUGCUGACAGAGCUGGUGUCCAAGAUGAGGGACAUGAGGAUGGACAAGACGGAGCUCGGCUGCCUCAGAGCGAUCAUCCUCUUCAACCCCGAUGCCAAGGGGCUCUCAAACCCAUCGGAGGUGGAGCUGCUGAGGGAGAAGGUUUACGCCUCGCUCGAGUCCUACUGCAAACAGAAAUACCCUGAGCAGCAGGGCAGGUUCGCCAAGCUGCUGCUGAGGCUGCCGGCGCUGCGCUCCAUCGGCCUCAAGUGCCUGGAGCAUCUUUUCUUCUUCAAACUCAUCGGGGACACCCCCAUCGACACUUUCCUCAUGGAGAUGCUCGAGGCUCCCCACCAACUCUCCUGAAAAAAAAUCCUGGGAUUUGGGAUUUUAACACCCCCCAAAAAAAAAAAUUUAAAAAAAAAAAAAAAUCCCCAGCGAGAAAUUCGCGGAUUUUUUUUUGGUCGAUUCGGUUUUUUUGUCCCUUCUUCUCGUUGCUCCCUAUGGGUGCUCAGAGGGGAAAAAUUUGGGGAACCCCCCAAAAAAUCCUGGGAGAGGUUUCCUAAAUUUUUCCCCAAAUUUUCCCAA